AUGGAUUCCGGCAAGCUCCCUGGCCGGAAAAACAAGGUCAUCUUCAUCAUGGGCGCCACUGGCACUGGCAAAACAAAGCUUGCCGUCGAUCUCGCCCUCCACUUCAAUGGCGAGAUCAUCAACUCCGACAAGAUGCAAGUCUACGAUGGUCUUGACAUCAUCACUAACAAAGCAACCCUCACCGAGCGCGCUGGCGUCCCCCAUCACCUCCUCGGCGGUGUCCCUCAGACCGCUGACUUCUCCGCAGAGGACUUCCGCCGUGACGCCAUCCUCGCAGUCGAUUCCAUAAUCUCCCGGGGAAAACUCCCCAUUAUUGCUGGCGGCUCCAACAGUUUCAUCCAAGCUUUAGUCGACGGCCACGAUGGCCUCUUUCGCGCCAAAUUUGAAUUAUGUUUCAUUUGGAUCGACGUAGAGUUGUUGGUUCUAUUUCAGUUUACCGGACAUAGAGUCGACAAAAUGGUUGAGCUUGGGUUGGUUGAGGAAGCAAGAGGAGUGUUCAAUAUCAAAGACGAUGAUUAUACGAGAGGAGUUCGGAGAGCUAUCGGUGUGUCGGAGUUUGAUAAGUAUUUCAGGGAGGAAAAUAGGGUAACUGAUGAUCAAAAAGCCGGGAUUUUGGCAGAAGCUAUUGAGCAAGUGAAGGUGAAUGCUUGUAAGCUUGUGACUUCACAGUUGAUGAAGAUAGAGAGGUUGAGGGUGGAGUCAGGGUGGGAUGUUAAAAGGUUGGAUGCCACCGGAGUUUUCUUGAAAAGGGGAUCGCCGGAGUUUGAGGGAGCUUGGAUGGAGAUGGUGGUGAAGCCGGCUUUGGAUAUAGUGAGCAGGUUCUUGGAUGGUGAGAGUGAGGACAUUAAAGACUUUUAG